AUGAAAGGGCAAAAGAAGAAUACGGAUGUCCUGCGUGUCCUCCACAAUGCUGGUCUAUUGUUUCCGCAGCAGCAGCAGAGCUGUUACCUCUUCUUCCAUUCUCCAUCGAACCAAAGUGUCGUAUCGUUUGUUGGAGGUUCCAGAAAGUACCAAACCACUGAUGCAGUUGAAUUCAAUACGCUGGCGUGUUUAUUGGAAGGAAAAAACCCAAAACGAAUGCAAACGGAAGGAUCAGCGACAUUCUCUUCGAAGCAGCAAGGGCAACAACAACUAGCAGCUCAAGAAACAACGGGUACACCUAUGGUGAACAAUACUACUGCAGGCAUUUCUUCCAGCGAGUCACCAUCAACGUCACAAGAAACUCACCCUACUGCUAUCGAUACCUCAGGAACUCAACCAGAAAGUGUGCUCAAGAGAAUCAUCAUUGGAAAUGCCAGAAAACCUGCCCUUGGACCACCCUUCCCUCUGCGUCACCACUACACUGCCCUUUUACCAUCAAUGAGAGCAAGUGAACAAUUGCAGGUGUAUAAGACAGUAUCUCCUCUUUGCGACAAGAUAUCCUACUGGCAUAAUGCCAGUAUAAUCUAUGCUCCUCGGGAGCGGGGGACAAUGAUGAAGUUCCUGGGCUUACAAUUUGGCCAAUCAGAAGGUUGUAUAACACUUCAAAAUACUGGUGCAUGA